CUCUCUCUAGUUGAACAAUCAUUUGCUUCGGUGAGAAGAGGAAGAAGAACGAGGUUAAAAUGUCUCUGAACGUUCCGGGCCUGAUCGUCAUGGCGAUCUUCUACUUGCUGAUCCUAGGCACGGGGAUCUGGGCCUCAAUGCGCUCCAAGAAGGUGGAGAGGAAGUGUACAGGGUCGGACGGGAUGGAGAUCACGCUGCUCGCCGGACGCAACAUCAACCUGCUGGUGGGGAUCUUCACUCUGACUGCUACGUGGGUUGGAGGAGGGUUUAUCCUGGGUAUAGCGGAGGCUGUCUACAACCCUACCCUGGGUCUGGUCUGGGCUCUGAUGCCAGUCCCCUACGUACUCACCUUCUUCCUGGGUGGUUUUUUCUUUGCCAAGCCAAUGAGGGAAAACAAGUACGUGACGAUGAUGGAUCCAUUCCAGAUAAAGUAUGGCAACGUCCUGAGCAGCCUGCUCAUCUUCCCAGCGCUCAUUGCAGACGUCCUGUGGGUCGCUAGGACGCUGGUCAGCCUAGGUGGCACUAUGAGUGUGAUUCUGGACCUGCCCUAUGUCUACUCCAUCUGUAUCAGCUCUGUGGUGGCCAUCGUCUACACUCUACUGGGAGGACUCUACUCUGUAGCCUACACCGAUGUCAUCCAGCUCAUCCUCAUCUUCCUCAGUCUGUGGAUCUGUGUGCCAUUUAUGAUGACCAACCCAAACUCAAUGGACAUCACUCUGACCGCAUUCAACGAGACGUUCCAGGCCCCCUGGGUCGGCAAGCUGGAGCUUAGAGACGCGGGGAAGUGGAUUGACGACUUCAUGGUCCUGGCUCUGGGAGGCCUGGCCUAUCAGGCCUUCUACCAGAGGAUCCUAUCAGCGUCGUCCUACACCCAGGCUCAGGUCACCUGCUUCGCCUCCUCAGCUUUCUGCCUGGUGCUGGGCAUCCCGUCUGUCUUGGUGGGGGCUGUCGCUGCAUCCACAGACUGGAACCUGACUAGCUAUGGUUCUCCGACCCCAUACGAGCGUGGCCAGGCCGGGUCCAUCCUCCCCAUCGCCCUGCAAUACCUCACCCCCUCCUACGUCUCCAUCAUCGGCAUCGGGGCCGUCUCUGCCGCCGUGAUGUCAUCCAUGGACUCCGCCCUCCUCAGCUCCGCCUCCAUGUUCUCCUCCAACAUCUACAAGAACAUCAUCAGGAAUCAGGCCUCAGACAGGGAGAUACAGUGGGUGAUCCGUACCUCGGUGGUGGUGUGUGGCCUGGCGGGGACGGCCCUGACCUUCCUGGAUAACAGUGUUCUGGUUUUCUGGCUGGUGGGCGUCGACAUGUCAUACACAAUCAUGUUCCCACAGCUGGUCUGUGUCCUCUUCUUCAAGGUGUCCAACGGCUACGGUGCCAGUGUGGGGUAUCUCCUAGCGUUGGUCCUCCGUAUCCUGAGUGGGGAACCCCUCAUCAACCUUCCCCCUGUCAUCCACUUCCCUGGGUUCAGGAAGGACGCGGAGGGCGUGAUGACCCAGUUCUUCCCGUUCCGUACCACCAUCAUGUUGACGUCUCUCUGCUCCAUCCUCGUCGCCUCCGGCGUCACCUCCGACAUCUUCAACAAGGGCCUGCUGUCGGAGAGGUGGGACGUGUUUCAGAUCAAGAGGUCGCAGGCCAAAGUGACAGCGCUGACCAGGGUGAAGAAAGAAGAGAGUAAAAAGGACUGUGUGGAGGCCAAGGAGGCGGUGGUGAACAAGCAGCUUCUGGACACCAGCUGCUGGACAGAGGGGGACGAUGGAAACUGAGGAAGGCCAUGGGUGGAUUGAGUGGGUGAGCAUCACAGGAGGCUGCUGAGGGUCCAUGUUGAGGCAAAGUGUUUUGUUUGGUCGGGCGGACAUUUUGUGUUUCUGCUGAGGACUCGAAGGAUUUUGGAGACGGGAGGAUGGUCGAAAAACACGCAACAACAACAACAACAACAACAACAGAAAGAACACCCAUUAUGACAUCAUAAAGCAUUGUGUUGCUGGUAAAAAAAAAUGGCCAGACACUCUGCAGUUUCCAGUGAACCGGGCUAGUUACACAAAAACAAUGUCGCGAAGACCAACGGCAGCUCUGGGAGAAACGACAUUUCCUAUUCCACAAGGGGUGGAGUUUUAUUUUGUCUGACUUUCUUUAUUGCGACAAAUGAUCGAAACUGUGUUUUUUUUUUCAAAUCAACGAUGAUUUUGCCGAAUAACUUUGAGAAGGUACACGGGGCACGUGAUGUCAUCACACAACUAUAAAGCAGUUUAUACCCUACGGUUCUAAAUGCCUACUGCUUGCUAAAUCUAUUUUUAAACUACAACGUGUUUUAAAUGUUUAUUUGCAGGGAAAAGGAUUGUCUUGACUUUCAAAAAUGCCUGAAUUGCCCUCGCUUUGCUUUUCUGAUUGGCUGGAUGCAAGUUUCACCAUCCAAUUAUUACAGAUCUACAGGAGAGGACGUUUCACCGUGGCAACAACUAGGCACAUGAGAAUGAUUCACAUAUGGCAACUAUUAGUCAAUUCUCACGCAAAAUGUGUUGUUGUAGGUGUGACCUCACUACGUCCAGUUGUUAUCAACACAAGACAUUUGAAUGGAAACACACCUUAACAGGCAUCUGUCUUCUAGUCCAACUUUCUACAUCUCGACAAAAGUUCACGGACAUUUUUUUUGUGUGUGUUUGUUUGUUUUGUGGGUCAGUUUUGACACUGUGAUUUGGGGGGUGAAGGGUAGAGACUGAGAAACAACUAUCCGAUUGAUCCUCUCUGAAUAUAACUUUUAUACUGUAACUCUGGCUCCCUAGUGGCUGUAUCGCAUCCGGCCGUGAUUGGACGGCACUCAGUUGUCCCAGCGCCGUCCGGGUUUGGCCGGGGGAGGCCGUCAUUGUAAAUAAGAAUUUGUUAAUUGUUAAUUGUUCUUAACUGACUUGCCUAGAUACUCCUCUCCACCCCCCCCCCUCAUCUUUCUCCUUCACCUCAUCCCCUCUACUCCCCUUUUUCACUCUUUUUCACUUCCACUCUCUCCCCUUCUCUGGCCAGAUUCAGCAAUGCAAACAAAACCUUUCUCUGUUUUCUAAGAGGUUUUUGUAGUAUAGUUGUGUUCUAUGGUUCUAUAUGCAGAGCUGUGGUUUACAUGGAGGUCCAGCCUCUUUUUGUUUGUGUGUUUUUUAUUUUCAUUUUAAUACCAAACAAAGUGUUGUACAGAGAGAACCUCUCUAUUUCUGAACUCCAAAUGUACAAGCCCCUAAUUCCUAGGGCCCUACACCCUUUAAACUAGGGCCCUACACCCUUUAAACUAGGGCCUUACACCCUUUAAACUAGGGCCCUACACCCUAGCCCCUUUAAACUAGGGCCCUACACCCUAGCCCCUUUAAACUAGGCCCCUACACCCUAGCCCCUUUAAACUAGGCCCCUACACCCUAGCCCCUUUAAACUAGGGCCCUACACCCUAGCCCCUUUAAACUAGGCCCCUACAGUCUAGCCCCUUUAAACUAGGCCCCUACACCCUAGCCCCUUUAAACUAGGCCCCUACAGUCUAGCCCCUCUAAACUAGGGCCCUACAGUCUAGCCCCUUUAAACUAGGCCCCUACAGUCUAGCCCCUUUAAACUAGGCCCCUACACCCUAGCCCCUUUAAACUAGGCCCCUACAGUCUAGCCCCUCUAAACUAGGGCCCUACAGUCUAGCCCCUUUAAACUGGGCCCCUACAGUCUAGCCCCUUUAAACUAGGCCCCUACACUCUAGUCCCUUUAAACUAGGCCCCUACAGUCUAGCCCCUAUGCCUUAGCUUCUACUACUUAACCCCUACAUCUUAGCCCCUAGAUGUCAAACUCAUUCCACGGAGGGCAGAGUGUCUGCAGGGUUUCGUUGCUGCCUUGUACUUGACUGAUGAAUUAAGGUCACUAAUUAGUAAGGAACUCCCCUCACCUGGUUUCCGAGGGCUUAAUUGAAAGGAAAAACCUAAAACCAGCAGACAACGAGGCCCUCCAGAGAAUGAGUUUGACACCCCUGUCCUAGACACUCCUAUGGAUCUCAUAUCAGCAUCACGGUGACGCUUUCAUCUGGCCUUUUUAUGAUUGGCUGGGUGGAACUGUCACCCUAAUGCUUCCACCAAUCAGAUCCUCUCAGAUCUACAGUAGUGGCCAGGAGGGAGGGGCUACAGUGCCUGAUUUGGAAUUCAGAAUGUUUGAGUGACAGUUGUAGAAGGGGUCUAUUAUAUUGUUUCCUUGAUUUCAUUGGAAAUACAUUUUCACUUUACCUGACAUUGACUGUAUCACAAAGCGACACCAUAUGUAUGUGUAUGUAUGUAUAUGUAUAUGUGUAUAUAUAUAUAUAUAGCACCAGUCAGACAUUUUGGACACACCUACUCAUUCAAGAGUGUUUUCUUUAUUUGCACUAUUUUUGUCAUUGUAGA